GCUGUCCAAUAGCCUUCAGCUGAUCCUCGCUACAGCUGAACAGGGUUAGAACGUAACGCUGAGGCUUACUCUAUGUACAGCAUCCCUACUCAAAGCGAAAGUAGAUCGGAGACGGUAUAGAUAUAUAACGAGCCUCUCAGCUGUUCUGGAAGUUGAUUCGAAACAAGUUUCGCUGUCGCAAAUCUGCAGUUUUCCGAAUCUAUCAAUUCCAGCAAAGGUUUCCGUUAAAUCAAAACAAAACAAAGCACACGAUGACUUCAACAAAGUUGACCAUUGCUUGCUUUGGCGCGACAGGUGGUUGUGUAGGCACACUUCUGGCAUGUGCACUUGAAGCAGGAUAUCACUGCACAGCUCUUGCACGAACACCAGAGAAACUCCGUAACCUCCUACUCACAGAGCACAACAUACCCUCAAGCACCAUCGAGAAAUACCUAACCAUCCAUCAAGGGGACGUCAAAGACCCAACUGCCAUCUCAAAAGUACUCAUCAAUCCGACCAACCCAGAACUUCUCGUCGACGUGAUCGCAAGUGGGGUCGGCGCUUACCCAACUUUUCAAUGGAGUAUCAAAACACCAUUUCCCCUGACUGAUCCUCAAAUCUGUGAAACGGCAAUUAGAGCAAUCUACACCGCGCUCUCGAAUCUCUCUUCGUCGUCCAAGCCUCCUAUCACAGUCGAUAGCACAGGCCAGAAACCGCUUUUGAUAGCUAUAAGUACUGCUGGUUGUGGCAAAAAGAGGGGUAUUCCAUUGCCUAUCUAUCUGCCAUAUCAUUACCUGCUUUCAAGUUCUUUGGCGGACAAGAAACGGAUGGAGGAGGUUGUUUUCCAGGAUAAAGGCAAGCAUGUGCGAGAUUUUGUCAUUAUGCGGCCGUUGAUUCUGACGGAUGGAAAGGCGCGAGGUGAUGGUGGCUUGAGGGUUGGUUGGGAAUGGGGCAUCAAAGGAGGAGACGGCAGGAUUCAGGAGAAGGGUCCUGAGAUUGGGUAUUAUAUUAGUCGAAAGGAUGUUGGGAUUUGGACUUUUGAGAAAGUUAUCUGUCAGGGCGGAUGGGAGGGGAAGUGUGUGUACUUGACAUACUAA